GUGGAGAUUUCGCAAGCUAAAUUAAAAAUGUCUAAUAAAAAAUACAAUGAUCUGUGGAAAUCAACGCAAGCUGAUCUAGAGAAGCUUCUUGAAGAAGAAUUAAUAGAAACUUCUGCAUUAUCGGAUCAAGAGCGUCUUAAGGCAAUUCGCAAGAGUUCUGUUUUAUAUUUAAAAUACAUCAAAGUUUCUAAUAAGCUGAUUGAUUGCCAUAGAAAUAUUCUGCAACCACAAAAAAGAAAUUUGCUGCAAAAACUAAUCGAUAAUUGCAUUGGUCGUGUUUUGGAACUAAAGCAUGAACUCGUCGGAUUAGAAUUUUCAGAAAUUCAGUUUUUGGAUGAAGUUCUAUUAGAACUAAAAAUGGUUCCUGUAAGUAACUUUAACUGUAGUUAUAUAAAACAAAUUUUGUCGCUUUAUUGUCACAUGAUCUAUGUGUUUAUCUAA